AUGAACUUCGAAUCCUAUGUCGCUUCCAUCUAUUUCAAAAUCAGAAAUGGCUUUUCCAGUUUAAAAGGCAGCCCACCCGAGCUCUAUAUUGCCUUCUGGCUGAAAUUCCUUGAUUCUUACUCCUAUUUUAGCUUUUCCAUGAUCUUCACUUUAUUUCUCUCAUCAGACUUUGGAUUCUCGGAUGUUCAAGCAGGCACAUUCUAUGGGCUUUGGGGUGGAAUGAUCACUAUAUUUGGCCUCAUCACAGGCGUGGUGGUUGACAAUAUUGGUGUCGCACAUUCCCUGCGGAUUGGAUUUUUGAUAUCCCUAAUUGCGCGCAUUGGCAUCUUUUGGACUACUUCGAAGAGCAUCCUUCUCUUCCAUUUACUUGUCACAAUGCCGUUAGGAGACUGUUUGGGCAUUCCUGUCCUUGCGACAGCCAUUCGACGAUACACAAAGUCUUCCUCUCAAGGAUUUGCCUUUGGCCUAUUCUACGUCAUUAUGAAUGUGGCUGCCUUGCUCAGUGGACCGGCAGUAGAUAUUCUUACCAUUGGGUAUCGAGGAGAAGGCGAUGCGGAUGCAAAUGCGAACGCAAAUGCAAAUGCAAAUGGGGGUGAUGGUUAUCAAAAUGACUACGAUGGUAAUGACAUUACUUGGUCCCUGUCGAGUUAUCGAGCCAUCAUUCUCACUGGAAUAAUCUCAAACGUGCUGGCUUGCAUUCUGACGUUACGAGUGAGAGAAAUCAAGGUCGAGCAACAAGGCAACUCAAGUCCUAUUGAUAACUCGAAUGUAGUAUCGUCGUUUCAGCCGGUGGGGGGCACGUUAAAACAAGUCCUUUACGAAACAAUACAUGCACCCUCGUUUCGAAGGUUCCUUGUGGUGUGCUUGAUUACUCUGAAUGUCAGAAUGAUCUUUAGGCACUUGGAUGCAACGCUACCAAAGUACAUGCUUCGAGAAUUUGGCGAGGAUGUUCCCAAGGGCACGAUAUAUGCCAUCAAUCCAGCUCUGGUCAUCAUUCUCGUACCAAUUGUUACGGCAGCUACAACCGAGAUUUCGCCCCUAACAAUGAUACAUUAUGGAACCUACAUUUCAGCGGGGAGUGUUUUCUGCUUGGUGAUUUCAAACUCUGUUGGUGCAUGCAUAGCGUUUGUUUCCAUCUUGUCGAUUGGAGAAGCCAUUUGGUCCCCACGAUUGUAUGACUAUACGAUGAGCGUCUGCGAAGAGGGACGAGAAGGUACAUACAUGGCUCUAUCCAGCGCACCGCUUUUCUUGGCAAAAUUACCAGUUGGCUUUCUAAGUGGAUACUUGCUAGAACGAUAUUGUCCGGAAGAGGGAGAGAGGCACAGUCAAACCAUGUGGUUAAUUAUUGGUCUCCUCACAGCUUCUUCCCCGAUUCUCCUAACCGUGUUCUGGGGAUAUAUAUCACAGAACGAUGACAGCCCUGACUCACCACCAAAUGCAAGAUACACAGAACUGCGUUCUACUAGUAAUACGUCAUCCCCGCCGUCGUAUCAGGGAAAUCCCGUUCCUAUGCCUCCACAGAAUGGCCAAGCAACAUCAACAUUUGCUUAG